AUGCCUGGUCCUCCUGCGCAGACCUCAGGCUCGGGUCAGCACAGCGCCUUCAGCGCCCAGGUCGUCCAUGCCAACUCUACCCUCAACGCCUUCGUCGGAGGCAAGCAAAAACCAUGGAUGGCAAAUGCUGCUCCUGUCCAGCCAAGCCCACGCCCUCAGCCUCACCCUCCCCGACCGCAGACACAACAAAACCAGCAGCAGCAGCCUUCAGUGCUCCCAAAGACUCCUGCGAAUGUAAAUGUUCUUCCCUCGCCAGCCCCGAGCGAUGAGCCGAGUCCCGCGCUGUCCAAUCCCCUCGACAGCCCGAAUCCUCGCACCCGGCCUGUGACAACCACUACCCAGCGACAAACAACCGGACAGCCUCAGGCUGUUCAAUCCUCCUUGUCGCCCGGAGUACCCUGGCACUCCCGCCCUGCGAGCUCGACCGCCGCCACCGCUGGGUCAGGCGCCGUCGAACGGGCUGCUGCGUUGGAGCACGCGACAACCCAGGCACCUUCCGAGAGUGUGCGUUUCUCGCCAGCCAUGGCACCUCCUGAUCUUCCCCAGCCAAACCAAACAGAUCAGGUUGCAAACAGUACAAAUGGGUCGCCCAUGGCCGAAUCACAACGCCUGGCUGCGCAGUCGCCAUCAGCUCCUGGCCAGGAGCGGCCCAACAAGAGGAGGCGUGUAGAGCCGGCUGCGUCAAGUCUACAAGCAGGUGCGGCCAGUCUGACAUUUGCAGACUUGGCCAAUUUUAUCGACAAUCGCAUAGAUCAACAAGGCGGUGAUCAGACUUUACAGCCUACUGUCGAGAAAGCUCGAUUUCACAUCCUACGAGAUGCCCCGCAGACGGUCUCGGGCUUGCUAUUCAGCGACGCGGAAACCACUUCAAUGGGUUUCGAGAUUCUGGACACGGUUCUUAAGAAGAACUCUGGUUUCUCCAGGCCCAACCUCGAAUGUGUUGCAACCUUUCUCGUCUGUCUCGCAAACAACUGGACUGCGCUCCAUGAAAGCUCCUUCAACCGACAUCGCGACGGAGACUUGGCGUUCUGGAUGGCCAUUUUGGUGCAGAAAUGGAUCGCUGGUUUCACCAAGACCAACAAGAGCAUAUAUUGGACGGUCAAUUUCGAGUUCUCCUCUCUUCUCAUGACCCCGGUGAGCUCGAACGGCGUAAUUCCAGCCUUAUUCAGCGAUACCAACACAUCAUAUCAGCAGCCAAGAAGCAUGAGCAGGACAAACUUCAGCGGCAGCAACAGCUGGUGGCUCAGCAGCAAGAAGAGCAUCUCUUCAGACUGCACAUCCUUCGAAUUCGCCGUCGCAGCCGCCCGCGUUGUCGCCGAUGAUGGUGCCGACACAUCACACUAUGAACAGUCCGCCCAUGCCGCAGAAUAUGUUCAAUUCGCCGGCGACUGGACGACUCGGGAAUGUCCCCUCAGCACUCGUUCUACAGAGUUCUUCAGCCGGAGCAAUGCCUGCCUCGCCGAUGGCGCAGUCAAUGGCGAGCCCGCAAGGCUACUCGCAGGGCGGGCUCAACCAGCAACAUAUGCCAAUCCUUACAUGCACCACAUGGCUUCCGUACAUCACGCUGCGGCGCAGCAACAGUGGCCGAGGGAGAGGUCCUUGUUGCCCGGCCAGCAGGCAUCGACAAUACAGUUUACGGCCUCUCCUCAAUUCGGUCACGGAGCUGGACCGAUUCCACGGCCACCAAUGCAACAACAAGUGAUGGCGAAUGUCCCACAAGUCGCAAUGUGGUCUCAAUAUCCGGCAACGAUCGUCCCACGGCGGGGCCAAAUGAUCGAGCGAAGUGACUGGCCACAUUCCCAUCAAGAGAAGAAGUCUCUCAUAAUGUCUUUGCAUCAAGCUCACGCACGCAGCCCUGACCGAACGCGGCAUGCUGACGACGAGGGAGAGCGGUACUACCAGGCUGUUAGCUCAUUUGCUAUUGAGCCGUUUCGUUUGGUCUACUUUCAUGAGCUCGAACUCACGGUGCCGCCUUUAGCCCAUGCGUCACUUUGCAAAGAGAAACAGUUACCGACCCUCAAUGGCCGUCCAUCAAUGUCCACGGUUCGUGAAUAUACCAAUGGCUCACUUCGGUACCGGCUUCGUUCUUGCCGGCUGGAUACCGACAAGGCCGUCACGGCCUCGGAUUGGGUCACAAGAGAGACUUCCUGGCCAGACUAUAUUUUCCCACAUUUUAAUCAAGCGAAACUCGUCGUCAGGCGAGGCACUCACCAUGGAAAAGACCUUCCCGUGGAGUUGACCGACUUCGUGGUUCCAGGGACCAACAAGCUCAAAGUCGCAACCAUGCGCGCCGGCCCGACCGCUGACAAGAUAGUUAGGCGCUUCUACUUGGCGGUCGAGAUUCUGGAGACUCUCAGCCACUCAGCAGUCCUAGAACACGUUUGGGCGACAGGUGUUUUGGAUUCCGCGCAGACUUUGGAGAAGAUCAGGAAGAGAAUUGAGGCGGUUCCAGACGAAGAUGGCAUUGCUGUGAUUGACCGAACUGGCAUCACAGCGUCGGAAUUGUCUAUAGACUUGACCGAUCCGUUCAGCGCGAGCAUAUUCUCAAUACCAGCACGUGGCUCAGCAUGCACUCAUAUGGAAUGCUUCGACCUUGAGACGUGGCUGAAUACUCGCCCGAUCAAGCAAGCCAUUAAAUGUGGCCACCAAAACGUCUGUACAUGCCCGAAACGCCUCGAGCCGUCAGAGCCCGAUAAGUGGAAAUGUCCCAUCUGUUUCGCGGAUGCCCGGCCAAGGAGUUUACGCAUUGACAGAUUCUUGCUUGGAGUGCGUAAAGAAUUGGAGGAACGAAACAAGCUGGACACGAAGUCGAUACUUGUUGCCGCUGAUGGCACAUGGCGACCCGUCAUCGAGCCAGUUGACGACGAUGAUGCAGGGAGUGACGGCGACGGUCCGGUCUCGAGGGGACCAGGUGCUAACACACGCAAGCAACCAACCAAGUCAGCUUCUGUCGAGAGGGCAGCGGUAGAAAUUAUCGAGAUCGAUUGA